CUCAAAAGUCUGUAAAAUCGAUUCUCGAGUUUUCCGCAACAGAUAUGGCGAGCUUUAGCGAUCUACCCCUUGACAUCCUUGUGCUUAUCUUCCCCUACCUAGAUCCGAAAGAAUUCUUGAAUCUUUGCAGAACUUGCCGGUCUUUAGCACAACCAAGCAUUCGCAAUGAGCCCACGUACUGGAGCUACCAAGUCAGAACUAAAUUUCGCGUGCCAAAUCGGCCUGCUGUACAAUCAGACGGCCUACGCUGGGAGAGUUUGUACAAGCGAUUGCGGACACAGUCGAGGGUGUAUACUUGGGGGCAAAACACCCAUGGCUGCCUGGGUAGAGACACAAGUUCACCCGCACGAGCCGUGGAACCAAGGAGAGGUCGCGGUAUAGGCCGACGGCUUCCGUUGCCGACGCAAUCUCGAAGUAGUCAACUAAGCACGUGGCCAGGAGAGAUGCUCAAAGCUCGAGAGAUCAGUGUAGUCUCUGACUUGCAAUGCGGUGGAUGGAGCACCAGUUUGCUCACAGAUAAAGGCAUCAUAUACUCGGUCGGAGUUCUUGACGGCUUAAAUCAAUGGAGCUCAGCUGAAGAACUGCGUCCACUUCAUUUUGAUUCUGUCAACAAUGAAAAGCCUGCAGCUCAUACCACCAUUCGGCAAUUUUCUUCAGGCAGAAGACACAUUUUAGGUCUCUCGGAUGAUGGCACCAUCUGGAGUUGGGCCGACAUCAAACGACAAGCCUGUAAAAUCUUACUCCCUGACCUCAAUGGCACCGUUCGUAGUGUAGUAGCAGGGUGGGACAGGAGUUCCGCAUUGAUUCGAGGGCUCGGUAUUGUGUUGUGGGACACUGUUCGACCUGGAGUAACAGAGCGCGCGCUUGAUAACUGGAUCAUAAUUCCAAAAACCGGCUACAGACGAGCCCGAGGCAUGCAGAACCUUUCGAGGCAAGCCGAUGCCGUUGCUGAUGCAAUUGGAGAAGUAAUAAGCUACAUCGUGCUGGAGAAUUAUGUCGUUUUUGUUACAGACACUGAAAAAGUCUUCGCCUGUCGCUUCAAACAUGACGUAAACUCUGGCAUUAUUCACGAUACGUUUGAGCUUACUGACUUAUCGAUCAGCGCUAAGGAUGUUCAAGGCUCGUUCAGGAGGUUCGCAGUAUUCAAAGGCGAAGGAGAAGUGUUGAUCGCGGACCAAGAUUACCUUGAUGCCUGUGCACUCCAAAUAUCUCAACAAAGCGUAGCGACCAUGCCGGAAAUUAUGGUCGUACCAGCAUUACAGAAUUCAGGAGUUAUUCAGCUUGCAUUUGGUGACUACCACUACCAUGCUCUGCAUUCUGAUGGAAGUAUCUCUUCCUACGGUGUCGAACCAGGAGGCUCUGCACUAGGUCUAGGUGGAGCAAUGGACAUGGGAUUGCCUCAUGGAAUGCUACGUGGCAUCAAAUACAAUCCAUGGAACCACGACGGUGUGUUAUUACCUCAUGCUUAUGCAAGAGGUAGACGAAUUUGGUUCCAUAAGGAACAAGAGGCUUGGGUGCGGUUCCUUGCAAAUGGUGGCAAAGACAAGGAUGAAGCCAAGGAGCGCAUGAGACAAGUAGGAAGUAUGCCAGCGGUGCAAGGUGAAGUCAGUGAGUGGGUAGAACAGAUGGGUUCAAAUUGGCACAAGAGGCCUGAGGUACAGAAAGUUGAUAAGGACGGACUGGGUGCGUAUUUCGCACUGUCAGUUGCUGCAGCUGGUUGGCAUAGCGGAUCUCUGCUUCUAGUCAAUGAUGCUGUCGUCGAUGCCGUGAGAGAAAGCUGCCUCGAGUCUAUUCCCGGCUAUCCUCGGGAUGAUGAACAAUCCACAGCAACGAAAGAGUCCAAACUGGCGCAAACCGGUAACCAGGAAAGUCGCAACGACGAUUCCGAAGACAACGAGCAAACGAUAUUACCUCCCAAAGGAAAGCAAUGGAUCUGGGUCAAUCAAGACUUUCCUCGCUUGAGGCUUGAUGACGGAUUUGAGAUGGAGGGCCAAAUCGGGUUCACGGAAUGGAAGGAGCCAAAGCCUGAUUGGAAGCUGCGAUGGACUGGAGAUGACAGACGAGUUUUUGGCGUUUCAGGUUGGAUUUUUGAAGAAUAGACGAUCAAGAGCGUCUGUACCUACCCUUUCUCCUUGAUAUCUCAGAUCUACUUUCCAUGAAAGAUCAGCGAUCGUAACAUUGCUCCAUCCCUCGUGGAUGUCGAACUCACCCUCAAAUUUCCAGCUUGAACAACUUCUUAAACCCC